CUGCGACCCCAGCCGCCUGGCGCACCUGCUUCUGGUGCUGUUACUGAUGUGCUUCCUAGGCUUCGGCAGCUAUUUUUGCUAUGAUAAUCCUGCUGCCCUUCAGACUCAGAUUAAAGGGGAUAUGCAGGUGAAUACCACGAAAUUCAUGCUGCUGUAUGCCUGGUAUUCUUGGCCCAAUGUGGUGGUGUGUUUCUUUGGUGGCUUUCUGAUAGACCGAGUAUUUGGAAUACGAUGGGGCACCAUUAUUUUUAGAUGCUUUGUUUGCAUUGGACAGGUGGUUUUUGCUCUGGGUGGAAUAUUUAAUGCUUUUUGGCUGAUGGAAUUUGGAAGGUUUGUGUUUGGGAUUGGUGGGGAGUCCUUAGCAGUUGCCCAGAAUACAUAUGCUGUGAGUUGGUUUAAAGGCAAAGAAUUAAACUUGGUGUUUGGACUCCAACUUAGCAUGGCUAGAAUUGGGAGUACAGUGAACAUGAACCUCAUGGGAUGGCUGUACUCUAAGGUUGAAGCUUUGUUGGGUUCUGCUGGUCACACAACCCUGGGGGUCACACUUCUAAUUGGGGGUAUAACAUGUAUUCUUUCACUAAUUUGUGCCUUGGUCCUUGCUUACUUGGAUCAGAGAGCAGAAAGAAUCCUUGAUAAAGAAAAAGGAAAAACAGGUGAAGUUAUUAAGUUAACUGAUGUGAAGGACUUCUCCUUACCCCUGUGGCUCAUAUUUAUCAUCUGCGUCUGCUAUUACGUUGCCAUGUUCCCUUUCAUUGGACUUGGGAAAGUUUUCUUUAUAGAGAAAUUUGGAUUUUCUUCUGAGGCAGCAAGUGUGAUUAACAGUGUUGUGUAUGUCAUAUCAGCUCCCAUGUCCCCAGUAUUUGGGCUCCUGGUGGAUAAAACAGGAAAGAACAUUAUUUGGGUCCUGUGUGCAGUGGCAGCCACCCUUGCAUCCCACAUGAUGCUGGCCUUUACGCUCUGGAACCCUUGGAUUGCUAUGUGUCUCCUGGGACUCUCUUAUUCAUUACUUGCCUGUGCAUUGUGGCCAAUGGUGGCAUUUGUAGUUCCUGAGCAUCAACUGGGAACUGCAUAUGGCUUCAUGCAGUCCAUUCAGAACCUUGGGUUGGCGAUCGUUUCCAUCAUUGCUGGCAUGAUAUUGGAUACUCGGGGAUAUUUGUUUUUAGAAGUUUUCUUCAUUGCCUGUGUUUCUUUGUCACUUUUAUCUGUGGUCUUACUCUAUUUGGUGAAUUGUGCCCAAGAUGGGAACCUAAAUUAUUCUGCAAGACAAAGGGAAGAAAUAAAAUUUUCCCAUACUGAAUGAGAAGUUUAAGUGACUGUGUCAUGAGAAUGGGCCGCACACAUCAUUGGUUUAAAAACUUCCAUUUUAAAAUUUUACUUAGAGUUUAGUCAUUAGGGAAAAAUAAUGGUCUGCAAAGUUGUUACAUUUAUAUUUCAAAGGCACCUAUUUCAGAGUAUGUCUGUGAGGACUGUUUUAGCGUGUGUCUUUUGCAUUGUGUAUUGCUGAAGAAUUCUACUUUGGAACAGGCUAGUCAACAGUGAAGUUUAGAAAAUUGCUCUGAAACAUGCAGGUAACUUCAGUAAGGACAGUAAAUAAAGACAGGAAAACAUU